GGUGGGGCCUUGUCCUUGCUCCAGCCUCAGUACAUGAUAUCAAGUUCCUCGACCAAGGGGGCGGCCCCGCCGGGAAAUUCGAUUCGCGGGCCCAGCAUGGGCUCCCGAACUAUGGCCUCGGAGGCCUCGAGUCGCAACUCGCCUUCUUUCUACAAUGCAUUGCAGAUUCCGGGCGCAACGAACUUCACGCAGCGGAACUCUGGGAUCGCGGGCAGCGCCGGCAGUGGAGGCGGUUCAAAAAAAUCCUCGCGGAAAAAGCGCCGGGCGGCGCAGGCCAGGGAGCAGCUGAACGACAUGGAUGGCAGUGCGGGGAACAAGGCUGCUCUAGGCGGAUCCGGGCAGAACAACGAGGACGAGAUUGUGUACGACCGGAUCAAGUUUCCGGUGUAUGACAUGGAAUACGGAUUGAAAAAUUUUUGUGUCAGUCUAGUACACCAAGAAGCAAAACAAAAAGCGCGAUGCAUUCACUGGUGCUGCAAUUGUAGUGUCAAAGCUUCUACAUUUGUCUUUGUCAUGCUGCGUCAGCAUCUAGAUCAUUCAUACUACAUCCAGAACCGGCAUUCUAGCUAGCGCAUUAAUGUACUUGUAUAGACGAAUGCGAAUAUUAGCUACGGUCUGUGCAAGUAGUUUCUUCAGUUGCCCAUGAAUAUUCCUGCGCUCGUUCAUCAUGAUCUUUGUACGAAGCGCGAUACUAGACAACUUUUGCGCAGGAUAGAGCAUCUCGCGAGACGAAUGUGUGGGUCGAGUUUCAAAACCACCGCAAUGGGGUGCUGGACAUUAUCAUUUUCACGGAGACCAUGUUGUGCAAUUAUCUCCCGGCCAGCAUCGAAAAAGACCUCAAGUUCGUCUAUUACGACCGGGGCAACCACAACGACCUGAAGUCCUCCAACUCGGUAUUUACCGACUUUUUCUCCGACGACACCAAUGCACCGCACUCCAGCAACUACGUUGCGGGCUACAUGAGCUCGCAAUUCGGGAACACCAGCACCCAGGCACUGCUGGUGGACCUGAGUGGCGGCAGCCACCACGGGACCAGCAGUGCUGGCGCCGGAGGACAUCAUGGAACUGCCGGCGCAGCGGGGGUGAUUCUGGGUGGAGCCCUCGACCACAUAGGGACGUCUUCCGGUCGAGGCCGCAAACGGUACACCAGCAUCGAGGACCUGUUGGAGGAGGAAAAUAAAAACGCGCGCACCACCCUGGCGGGACUGAAUCAAGGGGCAAAUUUCGGAAGUGCGAUGCACCACCCUGGUAGCAGUAGCUCCACCGUGGGGGGCGAAGCUAAUCAAAAUCUUGGAAGCGGCAAUAUGACCAGGCCAUUUUUGGAAGAUGUCGACCGCCGAGUAGACGCGCAGGCACCGCCCACCGAUGUAUGGAUUGUAAAAAUGUCUGGGUCUGGAAGAAUGCAACUUGUCAUGCUAAUUCUCGAUAGUGCAAAAAUCUGUGUUGCAUGAUUACCUAAAGCUCUCCUCUUUUGACCAAGCUGAGAGGGACUUUCUCAUGCAGACGAGGCAUGAUCGAGGUCGAGAAGAAUCUGUCAUGCUGGGUCAUGUAUUACAGACCUCACGCGUCAUGGAAAACCUGCAUGACAAGUCUUCCAACCUUCCAGACCCAGACAUUUUUACAUUUGAUACGAUGAACCGCUGUAUAACCUUGCGGACGAGGCGUUUCAGCAGCUCCUGAUAUCCUGUGCAAAAGUAUCGUACUCGUACUAAUUGCAAUCAUGCAUGACAAAUCUUGUUUCUUAGCAAAAUCAGCAUUACAAAUUCCAUUUUUCCUUCUGGAAAAAUUUGUAUUGCGAUUUAUACUACUGCGAUACUUUUGCAAUGCAUACCUCAAGCCAUACUACAUAUCCACCGUGUUCCGAAAUCGUCCGAACAACAGGAUAUCGGGCCCGAAGGUCAUCUACUCGCAUAUGGGGCUCUCAAACGUUACAUUCUGAACUGUUACAUGAAUUUGUGACGCAAGAGCCGCAACAGUCAAAGGCACAAGCUUGCUGCUUUUGCAUCACAGAUUUGGCACGGACUUAGAUGCUGUUUAGCCCUUUGAAGAUUUGUCAUGCGAAGCAGCUUGAUCAUCUACCGGCUCAAGGUAGUUUUGCAUGACAAAUUCAUGCAACAGCUGAGAAUGUGACAGUUGAGAACGCCAUAUCGCAGGAAAACUCGUUGAACCUGCCCUAUCCCAAGCCGGGCGCGAUGGAAAUCGCGCUUGACCGCACGAAUGUGCGCUGUACCAAAGAGGAAAGAGGCAGCUACUUGAACAACCUGAAACCCCUCUACUUGGAAAGUGUAGGAGCGCCAUCUAGCGCAGCAGCUGCAGGGACAACUGGAGGCACCACCGGCCCCGGCGGGGGUAGAACAGGACUUAUUUCCUCUGCGACGGGUGGGAAAGGGAAUACGAGUAUGAAAGUGGGUUCAUCGUCGGGAGCUCCUGCGAGUUCUAUCACAGGGACGAGCACGACCUCCAGCGGCUCCUCCACGACUGAUUUCGUCUGUCUCACCUCUUCGCUGGCCGAGGUUCUGAUAUGAACUGCAAAAGUAUCGUACUCGUAUAAAUGCAUUACAAAUUCCUCGGUAUGAGAAAUGAAAUUUGUAAUGCGGAUUUAGCUUGAGGACGCGAUUUGUGAUGCAUGAAUGCAAUUACUACGAGUACGAUACUUUUGCACAGGAUAUCUGAAACGGAGCAACAACGCAACGACGAAUACCACCGCGCCAAUUAAUCCCCAACUGUAUUUCCUCUCCCAGUAUGCAUUGCAAAAGUAUCUUCGUACUACUUUAAGUUUUACUUGUAGUACUAGUACAAACGCGUUUUGCGUUUUGCGUCUCGCGACAGGGAAAGAGACGCGUUUUGCGUCUCGCAGCUUGCCAUGCUAGUAGAACAGCAACGAACAGAAAGAAAAGUAGAUCUGUCACUAGACGCAUGACUCUGGCUAUUAGUGCGACCCGCGCGAUACUUUUGCACAGGAUACCCAGGAGCUGGCGAGGAACACCGGCAGCCCGGGCACCGGUCGCACUGGCGCUACUACAACGUCGUCGCGUGCUGCGGAUAUGCAAGAAAAAACUGAGAGAGUUGCUGAGUCUAUGAUGCAGAAAAUGCAACGUUAAUACUUGUCACACAGCCGAAUGAGCAGAAGCAGAUGAGUAUGAAUAUCCAUGCGCAUUGUCCGAGCCUGCUCUUGAAUUUCUGAUGUGUGACUCGUUCGCGUAUUAUUCUUAUUGUCGCAUGACAAGUUUUCUCUGUCAACACGCGAACAACCCAACCAAAACCUAUCUAUGUGACGCUGCUCCUCAAGUUAAAGAAUUACACCAACCUGCACAGGUUUUUCUUGGAUAGCGGAGGACCUCAGGCUGAUGGUGCUACCGCAGGAGCGGGUGUGUGCGCAGUUGGUGGAGACAAAUCCGGUAUAUCUUCCGCUGGACUGCGAGACACAGUCCCUGAUGGCCGUGUACUGCAACAAAUACCUUUCCGACGAAGAGCAACGGGUGGAGCACUUGGAAAACAUCGGAAACCGCGGCAACGUCGAGAUUGAUGUGCUGCGCAAAGACUCGGUGCUGUGGCGAAAGUACGACAAAACGCGAGGCCUGGCUGGUGGUGGUGGAGGAAGCUCUAGCACCGGGAGCUUCGCUUAUAGCCGAGGUGGUGCUGGUGGUGCGCAAUCGCAAAACAUGGCGUACCAGCAGAACGCGAUGAGCUACCAGCAGAAUUAUGCAAGCCAUAACCAGUACGCGAAAGUGACCGCCACGACGGGCACGAACGGGGCGGGAAGCAGCGGCUCUUUAUCGAAAGGAAAAAUCCCCCCUCCCCAUAUCGAAACGGUAUGACUCCGAAAAUUUAUGUUGCUGAUUUGAGGUCACAAAUCACAUUUGUCUUGCAAGAAGACAAAGGCAGAAGCUCCCGCCCUAUUGUGGAGCCGAUUUGUCACGCUGUUGGGCCUAAAGGGGAGCCGGUUGCCAUGCUGAACUACUAAGCUCGUGCGCCCCUAGCUAGCCUGGGGAACUGGCUGCAUUGCCUUCCUGCAAUGCAUAGCUGAUUUGUGUACACAAAUCCAGCAUCACAAAUUCCGUUUUGAUAUGGGGAGGGGGGAUUUUUCCUCUCAAUACUCUUCCGCCGAAGAUCAGACGGAGGAGCUGGACCGGAUCACGGAGAAUAUCCUGUGCAAAAGUAUCGUACUCGUACUAAUUGCGGAUAUGCAUGACAAAUCCAACUUUUUUCCUGAAAUAGCAUGACAGAUUGCAUUUUUGCUCUUGGGAAAAUUUGUAAUGCAAUUCAUACUACUGCGAUGCUUUUGCAGUGCAUAGAGAAGGUCAUGUUCGGAUACAAGAUCACGCAAACGCACAACCUGGACCGGGGCCUGCCUCCGCUCCGGUGUAUCAACAUCGUGCCGAGAGUUUUGUUUGUCAACGACAUUUACGCAUGGCAAGUAUGUCUGGUAGUUCUUCUAGGGACGUGUAAUGUUGAAUGAGCAGGACUUGUUUUGAGAAGUACCCGUUCAAGCGCAUCGACGUAGGUAGUUGUAUGAAAAAUCUUUCGAAGAAAUGCUCUCUCAUGCUUAGCUGCGCGCAUCACAAACUCCGAUACUUCAUAAACGAAAUCGUGGCGCCGGCGCUAUUUCUGCUGCUUUUUAUGCAACCUUGCCAGGCCAGCCCGACAUACUGAGUUUCAAUGCAUAACAUGGCGGAGCCGGUGUAUGUGCGACAGGGGUCCGUCGUGUCCCACAUUUCGUGGAGCGAGAUAUCCAAGGAAAAACACCCAUCCCCAUCCAAUUUGUCAUGCAAAACAUGCAUAAAAUCCACUAUUUGCAAUGCAAAAAAUAAAUACGGAUGCACCUCGGUGCAUCAUUUUCGAGUAAGUGACGGAAAGGACGAGACUACUAUAUAAAGGGCUAGCAGAUCCCUGGAAAGCUAAUGCAAGGCGGCACGACUGGACCCGCAAUCGAGGCGGGGGUCGUGCCAUGGUUUUUCUUUUGAUUGGCUGGACUCAGUCUAGGUUGACUGGGGGCCGAUGUAGGAUUGGCACGGCAAUGGCCAUAGUUGACGGCGCGACGACUGGACCUGGUCCUGGUGAGGUGACUGGGGGUCGGGAUCGCUCAAAUUCUCCUCUGAAAAGGCUAGGCGGCUCCGUUUCGUGGAGCAGGGCAUCAGGAGGGCCCAGGGCCUCGGGCGUGGCUUGUGCGCACAGUGACGCCGGCAUUGUUAUCUACUAGGGCACAGCUAGCAGGAUGGACAUAGAUCCAGGAGCAGGGGGGUAUGGUAGUGCCCGCGCGCGUAGCGCGCAGUAUGGCUACGAGGCAUCAUCAAGGAACAAGGUUUAUUACCCGCUCGCCCUCACUAGGUCGGAGUCGGAAGCACUGUGGGUGCUGGUUAGGAGGAUACUGUAGCUCUCAUCCCGUGGCUGCGGAUCUACAGAUGGGUAAGACGAGGAGUUCGCAGGAAAGCUAGGAGUGGCCUUGGCCCACACUCAGCGGCAUACGUGUUUUCGUGCCUAUUUCUGACACGAUUGGCUCUGAAGGCUUGGCUGGUGAGAGUUUGGUCUUUGGCGUGGUGUGGGGCCACACGGAUUGGCAUCGGCAUAGGAUCGGGCUCGCAAAGCAAUGUAUGUAGGAAGCAGGCAUGUUGCUGUGGCAGGGGUAGUGUUUAGCACAGGCACUUUAUGGCACAGGCGCGGCAUUUUAGUUCGUGGACAUGCUCGAGGCAUCGACCGGAUGACCGGGGGAGUCGCCCUCUGUGUCAGGGCGCUAGGGCUUUACGGUUGAUUUGGGGCACUUUAUGGCUGAGGAAAGGCACUUUGCAGCCAGUAUUGUAUGGCUUGGAACUAGGAUUUGGCUCUUUGAGAUCAGUAAGACUGCGGCCGGACCGGGAGGUUUUAGGAGUGUAAGUCCGGGGUCUAUUUGGGCCGGAGGUCCAGAGCUUUUGUGGGGCUGGCGCUGAUGGAAAUGCUUGCGCCGCUGCUGGCAGUGGAGAAACUCAGCACACACGGGAUUCCACGGAGGGGGCCCAGGUUUUGGUUUUCGGGCAAGGCUUUCUCGUUUCGGCCGGCUUGGUGCAGCGGCAGUCUUCUCUCCUUUUCUCAGGAUAUCGCCCGGAACAGGCCUUGCAGGGAAUAACGUACGUGCCUAGUUCGAGGCAGGGGAAGCUGGAGCACUUUGCGCAGGCGCCAGCGCAUAGCUUGGCGUCCGGUUUCACACGAUGGGACUUUGGUUUAUUGGAUUCAGAGUUAGAGUGCCUCAUGCAAUCGGCUGGGGUUGGGCUGGGGAUGGGAUCUAGGGAUGGUUUCCGACCUCCCCUUCUCCUCGGUAAUUGUGUUGCGUGGACGGUAGAGGGGCGCUCUGUCUUCUGGUGCUGCCAACUCGGUGCUGGCUCGCUCUCUUCCGGGCCGUGUAGUAUGGGUGUCGCUUCACUGGUUUUAGGUUCUCUUCAGAAUUGCACACUUGGGCCCAGUGAAAGUUUAAGGAGUGGCGCCAACUCGGGGGUUUUCUUCAACUUUCUCACGUAGACAGGUGGUAGGACCAGUCGCGGCUUUAAGAUCUGCCGGCGGGCCGGGUUGUAGGCUUCGGGCCCACUGGAUCAGGGUGGGAAGGGAAAUUUCCGCGUUCACGCCCGGGCUCGGAAUUGUAUUUGAAGCUCAACGAACACUACUCCUACGCGGUGUGCGGCUCUCUCCUUUUGGGCCUCGCGCUCUGCGCUUCGAGAUGGAAAUGGAAAGAUGGCUACAGUUACAGAAAAAGGUUGCUGGCAGGUGGGCACAACGACCUUACACUCUUCGCUUGGCUCUGGGCAAUGUCGGUUUGAAUCCGUUAUCCUAUGACCGCGGGGGGUUUUUGGUUUUCGUUGGCUUCGCCGGGGGCCAAGCGGGUGCUCUGCACUGGGUGUAAGGUCGUGCCCUCCUGUAGCCUGGAAGGUACUACUUAUGGGCGUGGGACACUAGGUGGUGGGGUCUGUCUGAGUCCCCCGCUCGCGUACUUUCGCGACAAUGGACAAGCAGGGGUGGUCGCAGUUGUAGCUGGGCAUAUGUCGGUGUUGGAUUGACUCUUUUUAAGUACGCUGGUGGUGGCAGCGGGCGCACACCUCGCAGGCCUAGGUGUUAGCCGCCUUGGUUCGCGAAGAGUUACGUUAGGGCAGAUCUGCUCUCCUGCUGGUCUUUCAGGUUUUCCAAUGUGCCGGCGCUUAUUCAGUGCGUCCUUUAUAUGUGGUAGGGCUCUUGCACCUCGGUAUGCAACGGACUAGGGUAGACGAUCUUGAGUGCACUGGUGGCGGCGGUCGGGCUCUACGCCUUGGCUUUCUGGUUUGGCGCUUGUGGUAUUCAUUCCCCGGCUAAUUUCUGGCAGGGGACGGAGUCAUUGUUUGGUCUGCUUCCCGCGGGCGGGAUUGGGUUGGAACAGGUGGCCGCAGUUGCGGUGAAACUGUGCAAGCUCACGUCUAGGCUGGCCUUUGCCCUCCUUGGAGGCUGGCUUUACUACUGUGCCCAACCACGACGGGCGGAAGUUGGAGCCUCUUCAUCUUGGACCUCAGGUUUUGGCGCGGUUUAGGGCCGGAGGCGGCCACGUCACUUCUAGACCACUCGAGAGUGGGUCUUCCGGGGAUGCCUCCUGGUGGACGGUUUGGGGCUGGCUUCGUUGCCACGGGUCUGUCGCGCUGCGCGGGCGGGGCGCAUUCGAGGGAGCCAGCAGGCCUUAGGAUGCUUGUCUGUGGGAUGCACUGCCGGAGGACCAGGUGCGGCAAUUUUUCAAAGGAACCGCAGGGCGCGCUACUCUUGGCCAGGCGGCCAUCUUUCGUUGGCCUGAACUCAUUGCUGUCCUUGGCCGCGGCGAGGCCCCUUUUCUCUACUUCGGCUUUCUUUCCCUUUCCUAUCGGACAUGUGGCAGCGCCUCAUUGUUGGGCUGGGAGUAAUCUUUUCAAGAAUAGGCUUGGACGCACGAGCAGCCUGCUUCGUGGGAAUUGGUUUUGGUAGACGCUAGCAGCUUGGGCUAGUGUUUUCGGACUAUUGAGCUCGUGCUCCUUUUUCUGGGCCUGCGGGAUAUCAAUCUAAUAUUUGGGGCCCUACCUUUCCGGGUCGCCCAGGUUGGUGCAGUUGGUUGAUUUUGGCACGGGCCAACUUCGGUUGAUGGCUACGGGUACGGACCCUCAAGCAGCUUACCUCGUGGAGAUGGCUCCGCGGGGGCAUGUACACAUUAGCCGCGUUGGGGCGCCGCGGGCGAGGCAGGUACAGGCGAUGUCGACGCCAGUUCAGGCGAAGACAGCUGCUGGGCGGAUUUCACGGGGGCGGUCUCCCCCUCUCUCUCUAUUUCUCUUUCUCUCUCUAUCUCUCUAUUUGGCAGAGCUACUUUGGUAGCGGGACCCACAUGCCCGCCGGUUAUCUGGCUUUGUCCAAGGUAGUUUUCGUCUUGGGAAGGUAUGAACGGGCGCGGGUCAGGGCGCUCUAGUUUGGCCGGGUGGAGCAAGAGGCUCUUAUGUUCGAAGCGGAGGGACGCGCCCCAUUCUGGGGGACGCAGGAAUAGGUGGCCAUUAAAUUGGGGCAUCGUUCGGGCCCAACAUGGGCAGUGCAGGAUCUUAGGGCCAAGGCUGAGCUUUAUGUUGGCAUGAGUGGCGUCGAAAUGGCUGGGGUCGGUUUGUUUCCCGUGAUAUACCGGGUGCAUCUCGCCCUCCUUUCUAGGGCUCGUCCGUCGUUAGGAUUCGUCUCUGGCCCCUUUUCGCUGUAGGCUCGGGGGGAUUUUCUCGUUCAGCGAGUUAGGGUUUUCUGCCUUUGAAUCGUUUUACCGGGUGCCGCUGUACCCCGUGCGGGCGGCUGCUGCGACGGUGGCUGCUCAUUUCGAGAUGUUGGCACCUUUGGGACAACUGGUUGGCACCGGGUUGCUCCGACUACUUGCUCCAGGCGCGAGGUAGCGCUACGCAUAUCACAGCAGGGCUGGCUUUUGGUCAUUGCUGGCGGGGUUACUCAGUUUUCGGAAGGCCUUGCCAUGAGAUGGCGGCGCGCUUGGGGGUCUAGCGGCUCAAGGGCGGCACGGGGUCAGUGCCUGUUUUCGGCGGCACUAGAAAUGUGCUUAGGGCAAUCGAUUGCGGCUUUGACAGUAAGCCCAGGGCGCUUGGGCAAUCAAUUGGGCGCGCCACUAGGUUUUGUGGGGUUGCGCGAGUUGUUCCUUUGUGUGGGAUGGCGCAUUGCGGUCGCUACUAAAUGGCUUCCGAGUUUCUCGGCUUGGCGGGCAUCUGCCUCGGUUUUCUUUAUACAUUUUUGGGUGGUGGCCUUGGAGGGAGUCUUUUUCGCCAACUCUUGCCAGAAUUUCUCACCGGGCAUGCUAGGCGCGCCCGUUGCUUGGGAUGGCUUUCCCAGCGGUCGGUCUUUUACAGCAUAAGUGCCGUCGUAGGGUUUUGGCAUGCUGGCAUCCGUAGCUCUACCGCCCGGGCCCGGGUUUCCUUUCCGAUUACGGGUCGGGUCGCAGUGGGCUCUGUGUUCGGGGGACAGGUGAGCUCACUUUGUCAGCGCUUUGGAUUUGAGACAAGCGGGCUGAAUCUAGAAGGGCUUGCGGGCGUCGCUACACCUACCGCUUGCUCUGGCGAUGUGGCUGCGCGGAUGAAGAUGGUUUUUUCCCAACAUUCGCUCCGCUGGUUGUUUUGGAACUCAGGGACAGGGUUCCUCCGGCUAGGGGUUGCCGCUGGGGUGUCGAUGAGUAUUUGUUUGGGCGAUGGUAUCUUGGCUCAGUUCCCUACUUAGGAACGGAGCAUCCGGGUCUACCGGCUUUUAGGGCAGCGGGGCGGCGGCUGUUGAAGCUGAUUCUCCUUCCCCCUCUCUCGGUUUUCUCUCUCCCACCAGCAGGAGAAGGCUUGUGCGAGCCAUCUAGUUGCUUUUGGGCGGCUUUUCAGUUGGGGGCUAUGAUCGUCCCUACCGGUUCCUGCUGAGUCUUUUCGUGGCAAUGUUCGGUGCGGUGUUGUAGUGUGCAGGCUGAGGCACUUCUUGUGCUGUUGUUCUCUGAGGAUGGAUGAGUGCAUUGCGCCUCAUGUUUUUCGCUGUCGGGGUUCUGAACAAGCCACGAGGACAUAGGUCGGUUUUUCCCGUUUACAUUUGGUAGAGGCUUUGUGCUCUUCUGUCGCGCUUACCUUCGGUCACGGACGGUCUGGCUUCGCCCUGGUUUCCUACCGGCCACCUUCUUGCCAGCCAGGGCGGCGGGCGCAACAACUUCUUGGAGGUUUUGUCAGGGGACUAUCUCUCCUGGUCGGCUUUCGUUGUUUAUUUCUCUGGCUCUUCGGUGUCCGAGUUAGCCUUAUGCGCGUGGCGCAGGUUCGGUUUCCUUACUUGGUGGCGGGAUCGUGUUGAAAUUCAUACGAAGGACUGGCGGUUGUAGGGUACAUUCUUCCAGCCCGGUAAGUUUUGCUGCACCCUUGAAGAGCGCAGGACUUUCUUUUAGGGCUUCUCUUUGGUGGUUGAACCAGGCGUGCCCGAUGUCGGGCGCAUCCGGGGGCACGGUUUUCGUAGGGGCGCCUCCGCCUUAAGGGGAUAGUGAACUUGUUGUAGGUUUGCUCCUGGUCUUGCUGGAGACCCGCUUCUGGUUUUCAUGGCUUGCACGAACUUCAAUUGACGCGGCCAGGUUGUUACUGGGCAGGCUCUUCUUACACUCGCUGACGCCCAAGGUAAUCGAGCUCGAGUGGCUGAGCGGGCAGGGUCUCAGCUUGGAGGCUGUUUUAUUGUUGUCGCGGUGUCGGGAUUCCCCAUGAUGUGGCCACGGUGCUUUGGAGGGUACUUCUCUUUUUGGUUUUGUUCGGGCUACACGGGACGUUUGUUUGCGUUUCGCCGGAAGACAUUUCGCCACCCUCCUGUGGAGGGAUGUAGGGUCUUGGGGUUAUAGGCUGUGGCCCCUCUCGCCACACAGGCGCGGAACAGUGUCCCAUGUCCAGGGCAGUGCGGUGUGCUUUGUCUCGUAGGUAUCAACUAUUGGGGCUACGGUUUUUCGGCCCGUCGUGUGUUUUAUCUCUGUGUUUUCUCGUGUUGGCCAGAUGGCCUUUUCCCGUUCGUAAAGCUUGGCGGCUAUGACCACGGGGCGCGCUCCACUUGUGUUGUUUUGCAGGGGGUUUUCCGCCUCUGCGCGGCGAUUGGCGGUGGUCGAGGGCUCGAAGGUCGGUCCUCCGGCCCCUCUUUCGUUCGCCCGAAUUCAUCAUGUCAGUUCUCUUCCCUGGGUUCUUCGGGCCGCCUGCGCUGCGGCGUGUGGGGAGGGGCCUUGAGGCAUCCCUGUAGGCUGUCUCUACGGUGAGGGACCGAGACGCCCUUGCCCUCUCUCCUCCGAUCACGCCAUUGGGCGUGUCGGGUGGUUGGUUCAGAUCGAUAGGACGAUAGGAACGAAGCGAAAUGGAUGUCGACGGGUUUCUUUUCCUGGAUACGAGAAGGACCUGCACUAUCGGGAUGUCCAGGACGCGAUGCGCGAGGGACUGCCGGAAAUGGUGGUCCCGGGGAAAGGCGGCAUGCUGCCCCUGCUGCGUUGGAGCAUGUUUGGGAAGUUCGGAAUUGAGGUGCGGUAUAAAGAGUACGCGUACUCCGGCUCCGUGCCCUGUUGGAUUCUAUACAACGCAAAAGUUCUACUUGUACUCCGCUCGUCCGAGAAAUUGCGGUCGUGCAUGACAGAUGGAUGCCCAAUAGAGUGACGAGAUCAGCAGAACAAACCGCAUUUUUUCUCUUGGGAAAAGAAUUAUUUGUACGGCAAUUUUACUUGACCACACAACUAGAACUGCUUUUGCGAUGCAUAGAUUCCGGGGGAGUACCACCUGGUGCUGUUCGACAACGUGUGGCACGAGUCUCCGGACGGCAUCCUGCACCAGAACCCGUGCAACUACGUGACUUGCUGCAUCGAGGUCACCGAGAACGUGACGCAGGGGACGACGUACAUGACCAUGCACGCGCACUACAACGUUCGAGACAACGAGCAGACAAGCAGCAGCGCCAGCGCUGGUGGUGCGUCAUCUGCUGCUGCUGAAGUCGGUUCCGCAUCAACCGCCGCAGGUGGAUUUGGGUCGUCGGGGACGAGGAGCACUGCGGCAGCCACGACCCCACAGCACAAGGGGCCUUCACCUGCCGCGCCACACAAUCUACCAACCCCGCCGAAACCCCUGGCGCUGACGCAGCAGAAGACCAGAAACAUUGGCACUGGGUUUCAGUUGGUCAACUGCUGCGAGAACACGCGAAUCAUCAUCCGACAGAACCUGGGCAACAACGCGGCGCAGAACAAGCUGCAAAGGCUAUCCAGCGUGAAAAACGUGCCCACGAGGAUGACACUCCAAGAGCUGCAGCUGUCAUGCAGAUAAUUUUAUGAUUUGGAUUUGCAUUCCGCAAUGGAAGCGCCAACACGGAGACGGCAAUGCAAAUGCUGAUUGGGAAUCUAGUACUUGAUGACGCUCUCGAAGCUCGCGGCUAGUACCAAGUAAUUCUGUAGUCCGACUCCGAGCAGAGCGCUAGCUGGUCACCCAGUGUGUAUGUCUGUGUAUUUGUGUAUGCGCGUGUUCCUAAUUAUUUUCUUGCCUACUAUUCUACAGUUAUUUGAACACACACACUACGCUGCAUGCGUAACUCGCGAAGCAGGCUCGGCGUUUGUACUGUUGCAAAUGAUCAUUUGGUAUCUUGUUAAGCAGGGUGGGUAUGUAGUUUUGUCUCAGGAUACAGGGGCAUGGAAUGGCACGAGAAGUUUAUCAAGCAGCUGAACAAGGAGUCUCAGACGUACAAACGAGAGAAGAACCUCAUCACCGAGGCCUUUAAGAUCGACCCCAAGAACUUGUUUCAGCUGCCUUGGAUCCAGGUGCCUGCGAAAGAGUCCGAGCCGCUCUGGUUUGGGUGGUACGAGCCGACGCUCGCCGGCCGCUUGGACGUAUGGAUUGCAAAAAUGUCUGGGUCUGGAAGAUUGUAAUUUGUAAUGCUGCCUUUGGAUUCCAACAAUAAAAAUCUGUAUUGCAUGACCAGCAACAGGACUCCAGUUUGUGUUACGUGGAGAGGGCAUUUCUCAUGCGGAAUAGGCAUUAGGAGGCCCUCUAAAAAUCUGUGUUGCUAGAUCAUGCAUUAGAGGCAUCAAUCAUCAUACAAAAUACGCAUGACUUCCAGACCCAGACAUGUUUACAAUCCAUAGGACGUGCGGGUUGGCAGCAGCCGCGAGUCCGUCACGAUCGACAUGAAGAACCAACGGAACCACGGGCAGAUCCCCGUGCAGGAGGAGGUGGUGUUGGGCGCGGGCGCGACCCUGAGGAGGGUAUGGAUGUGUCAGAGUUGAAAUCGACAAAGUUGAAAUAAUUUGCCAUGCAUAAAAUGGAUGCCAGUUGGAAGCCAGUUUGUAAGUGGCGCAUGACAAAUUUCGGUGGUCCCUAAAUCCAGUUUGCCAUGCUGGUUAGGCAAAGAAGAGUGAUUUUCUCAUGCUACUUUAGCAGCUCGACCUGUAGCCCCAAACAGGCUUACAAUCGGCCCCACUUGCCUGCUCUGCAACACACGUACCUCGGGUCAUGCAUUUUAUAUUUAUGCAUUACAAAUUAUUUCAACUUUGACGAUUUCAAACCUGACGCUUCCAUAGAGGGAGCUGAAGCGCUACACGGUUCGGUGGGAGCUAAAAAAGAUUGGCCCGGUGGAGUACCUCAUUUUCUGGCGACCGAGCUAUGGGGUUCUCAACCGUUACAUUCUCAACUGUUACAUGAUUUGUCAUGCAAAAUGACCCUGAGCCGCCAGGCGAUCAAGCUGCUUCGCAUCACAAAUUUUCGAAGGGCUAGGCAGCAUCUAAAUGUGUGCCAAAUUUGUGAUGCGAGACGUGCAAGCUUGCCCCUUUUCCUGUUGCUGUUUUAGCAUCACAGAUUCGUGUAACAGUUGAGAGUGUAACAUUUGAGAACGCCAUACGAGCGUGACCUCAAAUGUGGACAAGAUGAAGGCGAGCAACAGGCUCAAGAUCUCUUCGUCUUCUGGAGCGAAGCAUGCUCCCUCUGGACCAGCGCUGAGGCAAACGGCCACGCCGAACAUCCCCUCCACGUCGAACCAAGUUGCUUACGCAGCGCUCGCCCCGUUGGCGCACCGAUCGAUGGCCCGCGUGUUCAAAAUCAACUGUAUCCACAGGAGGACGGGGAAAUAUAUUACCGCGCACGUACGUACGUUGAAGACGCCAUCGCGAAUAUGUAUAUGAUCAUCAACAUCAUCCGGUGGUCAUGAUCUUGCAUGAAAGAAAAAGGACUUCGCAGCAUCAUCUCAACAUAUGCCUAUCCUGACCGCCACGGCAUCAAAUCCAAACCUGAGCCUUCGUCACUUGACGCCUGAAUGAGCUCGCUGCGCAAGUUAUUUCAUUUGAUGCAAGCAGGCAUUUUCUUGUAAAAAUAUUAGUGCGUGAAGAAUGUAGACAUGCUUAUGGAUAGCUUACCGGUAGAAAAUUUCUCCUGUUGCAUAGCCUGCAAGGGCAUCGGUAUUUCCCUUGUCGGCAAGACGAGAAAGCCGAGCAAAAGUUGGGCGGACGAAUUCUUUCAAGCCAUGAAAAACACCCUUUCCUCGUACAGAAAAGAGGGCGCGUGCGUCACGAUGACCACUACCUUUGAACGGAUCCGCGACGCCCUCGACAGCUACACGACGAAACAGGCGCUGUUGCAAACGCGAAACAACGCUGGCGCUUCGUCCUCCUCUUCGCGCAACAGCGGGCAAAGUGAUGUGAAUUUGGUGGAUAGCUACGCGAACGCGGAAAUUCUCUUUGCGUAUUUGGAGGAGAUCUACACCUGCGUCAACGUGUACCCAACGCACAACGAGUACGAUCUAUCAAAUGCAACUAUGUCUGGGUCGUCUGGAAGGUCGCAACUUGUCAUGCUGUUUUUGGACUCCAAAAAAAAUUGUAUUGCAUGACCAGCAAGAGGGGUUCAAUUUGUGCUACGCGGACAGGGCAUUUCUCAUGCGGAAGGCGCAUCAGGAAGAUUUUUAAAAAAUCUGUGAUGCUAUGGCAUACAUCACAGACAUCAUGGAUCAUGGAAAAUGUGCAUGACAAACUUGUCCUCCUCCAGACACAGACUACAUAUUUGCAAUGCAUACGACCUGAGCAUCCGCGAUUUGCAGUUGGACACGCAGUAUCAAAAGCAAAAGUGCCUGGGUCUGGAAGAAUUCAACUUGUGAUGCCGCAUUUGGAUGUGUAAAAAAUUUGUGUUGCAUGAGCAGCAAAAGGAUUCUAAUUUUUGCUACGCGGAGAGGGCAUUUGUCAUGCGGAGUAGGCAUCAAGAAUCCCUCAAAAAACCUGUAAUGCUAGGGCAUGCAUCACAGACAUCAUGGCUCAUGCAAACCGUGCGUGACAAGUCUCAGAAUCUUCCGGACCCAGACAUUUUUGCAUUCGAUACGCAGGCGCGCGACACCCACUUCCCCGUGUGCGUGGCCCGGGACCCGAGCAUUCUGGUGUCCUCGGGUGGAGGGGCGAGCGGCGGGGGCAGCAGCAGCUCCACCUCGGGUGGUUCGUCUGCUGGACCUGGUAGUGGCAGAAGUGGACACCAGCAGCUGGUGCAGGCCCAACAUUUGCACUUGGAAACGAUUCAGGAAGAGGCUGUGGACGGCUCAUCUUCCAUGCUGGGAGGGGGUCCUCGCGGGGGAGCUCAUAACUUCCAAGACAGCUCCGAAACCUCGCUCGUCGACAACGAGCGCGCGCGGCAAAUCGCAAACGAAAACCAGAUAUCCUGUGGGACAAAGCGUCGUGAUGUGCUGGUCAGAAAGCAUGGAUGACUAGAAAUUAUGUGCAGUUUUAAUAAAGUCUGUUGCUAUAUAUGCGCUACCCCUGGUGGCUGCAUUUGGUCUUCCUCUUCGCCACACGGGUAGUUUUCAAGGCUGAUACUGCACCUUGCCUCAGUAUUGACGAGGCAACACCAAGAGAUACAGUUGUAUUUCUAGCAGACAUUGUCAUUGCAUUCGCAUCUUUUAUUUUUUGUGUGCGCGGAAGCGAAAGCGAUUAGGUUUACGAAGAUUACUAAACUAGUGCUGUCAUCUGUUCUGCAUUUGGAUUUGCUGCACAGCGGACAGCAAAAGUAGAAAGUGAAAGCCCAAUUUCAAGUUCAACUACAACUCGCUUCCCUGACUUUUCAUCGCUUUUCUGUCCUUUCCCAUACUGCAGACGGCGAGAGGAGAAGACCAAAUCAGAGGCAAUUUUGCACUUCCACGUGCGGGAGCGAACGAAGAUAACAGCCCAGUCGCUGACCAGCAGCGCGUUCAACACUCGGGAACGGUACGGGAAAUACGACAUCCUGUAUCUGGACAAGGUCCGGCUGAAAAUCAAACCGGUGCUGCUCAUGUUCGACUUGAAACUGGUGCAGAUUAUGUUGUCCCUGGUCUACAAGUUCCAAGCUGCCAUUGAAGACGCCAUGAUUGGCGGAGGCGGUGGAAGUGGGGCCUCUACCUCUUUCUCGCCCGCCGGUGGCGGUGGCACGGCGGGCGGCUUGCUAUCAGCUGGCGGUGGACCACCUGGGGGUAUGGUGGGUAAUAAAGCAGGCGCAAGAACGAUGCCCGGAGGUGGUAUCAAAUGCAAAAAUGUGUGGGUCUGGAAGAUUGCGAGAUUUGUCAUGCUUGUCUGGCAUGACCAAAAAGGUUGUGAUCUGCGUGUCCAAGAAGAGACCCUUUUGCCUGUCAUGCAAAAGCACAGUUUGUCAUGCGAACAACGCAGCACAAAGAAGCGCAGAUAUGCUUGCCUGUGCAUUACAGAGCAUUCACUAUUGUAUUCCCAACGCAGCAUUACAAGUUUCCAGACCCAGACACUUUUACUUUCCAUAGGUGGGUCGUCCUCGCAACAUCCUGGCUCGUCUUCCUCGGCUGGAGGUAUCAGCACGAAAAAUCCCCCCUCCCCAUAUCAAAAUAAAAAUUUGUGAUGCUGAUUUGUGGCCACAAAUCAUCUUUGUCUUGCCUAUAGGGCAAGAGGAGCCAUGUGGCGCAUUCCAAAGCCAAUCUGUCAUGCGCUUUCGGCUACGGCAAACCUGUCUGCCAUGCGUUAUUGCUAGCCUCCUGCAUACCCUAACAGGCUUAGGAAAUGCCGCCAAGCACUUUCUGCAAGAGAAAGCUGAUUUGUGUACGCAAAUCCAGCAUCACAGACUUCGUUUUGACAUGGGAUGGGGGGAUUUUUCCUCACAAUAGCAGGCGCGGCAAAUUCGAAAAUGGACAAGGCGAAAAACGCCGUCCGGCGAGCCUUGCACCACGACGUCGUACGUUCACAGAUGAAUAUUACAAUGAAAAAUGCCCCCCCCCGAACUUGGGAACAUUUGUAUUGCAAACCUUUCCAAAUGAAACACUCGCCCUCUUGCAUCUAGCAGCAUCACAGGUUUCCGAUCGUGAAUAGCAAAAAUUUGUAUUGCAAAAGGCCCCAGCAAGAGCGGCAUGCAAGCGAUGCGAUACACGCCUAGACUCUGCAUCAGAAAGAUUCAUAUUACUCCUUUCAUGCAUGACAAAAAGUUUUCAUUUGGAAACUUCGCAUCACAAAUUUUUGCAAUUUCAGGGUUGGGAGGCACUUUUCACUUUAAUAAUGAAAGACCGGACUUUUGGGCACGGGCUGCACGGCAGAAGCUCGCACUCCGGAUCGUUGCAACAGCAGACGCAGUACAAGACUUUCGCUGAUUUUUUUGGUCACCUAAACUGGAAGGAACCGAACCUGCAGUCGAAGGUGCAGAAGCUGGUCAAGGUCUUUUUCCAAGACCUGAAGUUUGACCACAUGAUAUCCUAUGUAAAAACUUUCCCACACCAUAGUCAAGAUGGGAAGUCUGCAACACAAAUUCCUAAGUUUUGGGAGUUCUGCAUGACAAGUUUCCAUCUGCAGCGUGGUGCUGGCUAACAAGGAAAGCCGCAUGAGAAAGCCACUUCCUCAUCCUGUUUCCAGCAUUACAAACGUCAAAACACGAUUGGAAAUGCCUCGCAUGGAGAUGCGCAUUACAGAUGUUCCUGCCAUUGCGCAUUUGCAUGACAACUCUGGGGUGGGGACGUUUUUACACAGGAUACAUGAAGCUCACUGCGAGUUUCGACCCGGGCGAGGAGCCGCAAUUUGGCCUCCGGAACUAUGGAUUGCAAAAAUGUCUGGCUCUGGAAACUUGUGAUGUUGAGUGGCGUAUCAUGAGGCUGCCACAAGUGACGGCUCAGCAUGACAAGUUUCUGACUUGCUACGUGUUGUUUAUUUAGCAUAACAAACUGCGUUUUUGCAUGACAGAAAAUUGGUGCUACGUUUGGGUAGCGUGCAUGAGAGACCUGAGAGUCAUGCUAGCCGAGCAUGACAAACUUUCGCGCUUCCAGACCCAGACAUAUUUGCAGUGGAUAGGAACGCGCUGCUCACGAAGGUGCUGACCUUCAUGUCGGGAGUUGAGUCCUGCCCGUUGGACUUCGUAUGAGAUUUGAGCACAACUACUCCACCCCCUCCUCCCCUUAUUUGUAAACGCACUUGCAUCAGCAGUAUCUUCGGAAAAAUAAAUGUGCUCGCUUCCGCAAUACUAAUACGAAUGCACGCACGACCGUAUACCGACGGCCGUGUGGUUUGCGUUUCAGGGUCAACUUGUCACGCAAGCAGUCCCACAGGCAAGGAUAAGGAAGCGCAAGCGAAGAGUCGACUUGGUAGAGUGCAUGACAUCAAAUAGGGGCAAUUAUAUCGUGAGGAGUUGCGGCCCACUCUCAUACUUUGACCAAAUGACGCUGAAGGAAACCUUGGGCCAGGGCAGUGGCAUGCAGUCGAUCUUGAAAGCUAUGUCCGAAUUCUACAAGUCGCAGUGCGUGAUGCAGCUGUAUGAAUUGCAAAUAUGUCUGGGUCUGGAAACCUGUGAUGCUGAUUUGCUGCUGAUUGCAACGCUUGCCAUGGCAGCCACGCAUGACAAGCUUUUGAAACGCUUUCUGAUGUCUAGCACGCAUUACAAUUUACGUUUGCGCAUGAGAACAAAGGAAGCGGCUCUCCUGCUGCUCACGCAACACAAAUUUUCUAGAACGGCAAGACACGCAUCACAAGUUCCAUUUUUCCGGACCCAGACACAUUUGCAGUUGAUAAGCUGAACCGCUUGCUUAUGUCCUCGAACUUUUUUGGCAACCCGCAGAACUUCCUGAAUUACGUGGGGGACGGGGCCUACGCGUUUCUCAAGGAGCCCUACGAGGGGUUUCAGCGCGGGGGCCUGGAGGGCAUGGCGGGCAUCGGGAAGGGCACGAGCUCGCUCAUGCGGAAUGUGACCACCGGGCUCGCGGACACGGGCGCCAAACUGAUUGCAAACUUCAACCAGGGACUGUCAACCAUUCUAUGAGAAGCAGCAAAGCAAGAACCGCGUCCCGUGCGCCUCCUCCUGGUCUCCUUGAGAUUUGUAUAAAGAUAAUCUUCAGGAGGGUGUGACCGAAAAGAAUUCUCCUCUCUGCUUUGCUCUGCAUAUGGCGGCUCUUCAAUUUUUUACUUAAGAUAUCUUCACAAGCUUGUAUAAUGGUUGUAAUUCUUGAAGGUCGCAAGCCUAUGUCUGGGGAUCGUGUCUGUCCUGCAUGUUAACAUGGCCUAGCCUCUCAGAAACAGAGCAGGAGUACUAGGACGAGGCGAGGUGCAGUAAGCAGUUCGUUUCCGCUUCCAUACGUUUCCCUGGAUUCCCAGUAUUCCGCGGCGGGAAAAAAGAACCGGAACCAAUCUAGGGCGCAGAACGUCACCUCUUUGACCAGCCGAUACGCAGAGGAAGAGGACCGCCGCCGGGAUAGCGGUGCACAGGGUCCUUCGACCUUGAGCGAGCUGCGGGAGCGGCACCAUACCGAAGCACAGAGCGACUAUCCACUGCAAAAGUAUCGUACUUUUUGUAGUAAUUGCUAUCGUGCAUGACAAAUAUCCCUCUUCAGGUUAAAAUAGCAUUACAAAUUUCAUUUUUCUUCUUGAAAAAAUUUGCGAUGCAAUUUAUACCAGUGCGAUACUUUUGCAAUUCAUAGCAACAACAGCAUGGCCAUUUUCGAUGGGUUCCUCCGGGGUGGCGAGAGUCUAGUCAAAGGUACUACACGAGGACUAACAAAGAUCGAUCAAGUUUUAGGCUCGCGAUGAAUCUGAUGAACUGAAGCUAUAUGCAUAUAGCACUUGUUACAUUUACAUUUUCUCGUGGGUCCUCUGCGUCUCCACGGGUGCGAGUAGUAUAGUAGUACCAAGGAACUACGUCGCUAGUCGUCGUGUCAUGAAGAUAAAGAUUUCGUUGAUGUUUUUCAGCAGGGCUGCUUGGUAGGGCUCCUGCUCCGAUGCAAAACCAAGCUGAAAGCCCUUGCUUCUAGUCCUCCUUUUUCCACACAAGGACAUAUUAUGUCCAGCAAAUUAUGCUGAAGCAAAAGGUCACCCUCUUCGAACCCGUUUAUCUCAGGCGUCGCCGACGGUAUCACGGGCGUAUUCAGUCAACCGUACCAGGCUGCAACGGCUAUCCCAAGAAGAAGAAAGUCAGUCCAGUUACGCGUUGGCUGCAGCUGUACCUUCAGCAACACAAACUUGCUUUACAUGACAGGGAAACCUGGCAAUUGUUGUUAGGGAUGGAAAAUGUAGAGAAGUUUCAUACCUAUAAAGUACUAGCUAGCACGGUCGGACCCUGUUUUGAGCAAGAUGGCGACCAUUCUUGGAAUUUUGUGGCGUCCCCACUAGCACGCUCGGACCGUGCUAGUGGGGACGCCAAAAAAAGCAACCCAGCUGGUUGCCGCAUGCUUUUGGAACCUAUGCGGGCGAGAAAGUGAAUAUAUAUCCAAAAAAUGAGCCGCAUAUUUCGAAACUGGCCAGCAUAAGUAGGUUCCAAAAGCACGCGGCAACCAGCUGGGUUGCUUUUUUUGGCGUCCCCACUAGCACGGUCCGAGCGUGCUAGUGGGGACGCCAGAAAAUGCAAAGAAUGGUCGCCAUCUUGCUCAAAACAGUGCCGGGCCGUGCUAGCUAGUACUUUAUAUAUAGGUAUGAAACAUUUCGCAGUUUUCCAUCCAUAAUUGUUGUGCAGCGAUCGUAUCAAAAAAGAAAAAUCUCAACUUGUAUCAAACGAGGGCUGCAACAAGAAACGUCUAUUUCUAGCAUGACAAAGGUUGUUCUGCAAGAACACAGUGCGUAACUGUACUAGCACUUUUUUCUUAUUCAUAACGGCGGAGGACCGGUCCUUGGAGCGCGUAGCUACGGGAACCGCUCGCGGGGUGGUAUGAAAAUGCACAACCCUUCUACUCCCUCCUCAUUAGUCAACAUGCAAACAAUAUACAGCUUUCUUUUGCCUCCAUUUGUGGCAUGAACAUCACAGAAGCCGGCAGCUUCCCAGACAGCACUGAGUCAGCCCGUGUGAAUUUGUCAUGCAAAAGCUCCUGCAGUAGCAGUCUUGACUUGCCAACGCUUUUUCCAUUUUUGUUGCUAUUGCACUACUACAAUGCAGUGGGACGUCGAGGGGCAGUUGUGCACUCGGAUAGGUGGCGGGACUGUUCGCGAAACCCAUUAUCGGGGUGGGCGAAGGGCUGAAAGCCGUCAUGGAGGGCAUACGUGACCAGGCCAUCGGGGUAGACGACACUAUCUUGCGACAGAAGGUACAACUAAGACCACUACGAGUCAUUCGUAGAAAAAUUAUGACACCCGUACAAGGUGGCACUGAUAGCAGUAUGUGAGGGCGUUUUCUAAUACCAGUCAUGGUUUUUACUUAUAGUGAUGCUUUCACAGGGGUGGAGUACACGAGCGACCAAGAAGGAAGAAGUACGAAAAAAUCAUAAAAAGAAAAACAAGAAAAGCUAAAGCAACCGUGCAGCUAGAUUUCAUCUUUUUGUAGAGAUGAUGGCGGUGAGAUUUAUUAUCGUAGGUAAGGGAAAUUUCUCUUCGUAACCGCAACCGGUCACGAAGAUGUCGACUUUCUGGUCGUGUGCUCUAUCUCUAUCAGAUCUCUCACUGAAAAACAUAAAACAAACGAUCUACAAACUACCGUACCGCCUUCUCAUCCUCAGGCUCGCAACAUUCCCCGGAUCCGUAUGGCGUUCUCAAACGUUACAGUCUCAGCUGUUACAUGGUUUGUCAUGCAAAAUCCCAAUCAGAAUCGACACGAUUCAGCUGCUUCGCAUGACAGAUUCCCGAAGGGCCAAACAGGCUGAGAAUCUGCGCCAAAUCUGUCAUGCAAAAGGCGCAAUCUUCCCCCUCUCAGUUUUGCCAUUCUAACGUCACAAAUUCAUGUAACAGUUGAGAGUGUAACAGUUGAGAGCGCCAUAAUCCGUCUUCCCCGGUCGCUCUACGGUGAGGAUCGCGUUUUGCGUCCGUACUUUCUGGGUCACGCGAAGGUGAGGCUUUUCCUGGCCGAGGCGUUCAACUGCGAGGACGCGCUACUGGCGCACCGGUUUAACAAGGUUUCCCAAUCCGAGGUGAUUCUGACGGAGGCGUACAUUAUUUGCCGCAUAGUGGUGCAAAGCCAAAACCAAUACGGCAUGGCGGUGCAGUCCUCGGCGUUCGAUACCAACACGGAAAUGCUCGGCGGUAGCAAUGCGCUCUCGUCCUCCUCGUCCACCACGCGCCAGCACUACAAGUGGUAUUUUGCCGCAAAAGACGACUACGAUGUGGCGAUCACGGACAAAACCGACAACGAACGCACGAAGUUGAUCGUGUCGCUUAAGGACUCCACGGAAAUCCAGCUUUCGGGGAGCCGGGAAGAGAUGGACGCCUGCAAGGUCCUGUUUCUCAAUCACUGCGCAUAAAGGACGUUGAAGAUGAACAUGCCGCAGAAUUUUUGCACGACGCAGAGGAAGGGAAUGGGAAUUUUUUUCAAAGCAUUGAGAAAACAAAAAGUGUGUUAUAACUCAUUUGAAUUUGUCAUUUUCAUCAUCAGGACAAUUUUUUCAUCUCGUUUUCGAGGUCAACAUGACCUCUAGCCGCCAAAACUAAAACAGGCUGCGGCCACCCUGAUUUGUCAUGAUUUCAACUUCAUCUAGGAGGUCCCUCCGGAUAAACUAUGGCGAUCUUCAUCUCGCCGCCUGCCAGUAAGCUAGACCAGGGCUUUCCUUAGUAUGCACUGCAAAAGUAUCGUACCAGCACGUGUAAAUUCGUAGCAUCACAAAUAAGCACAACAUUGGUAAGAAGAAAACUGGAAUUUCGAAUGCUGAUCUACCAGGUAGAGAUUUUUGUCAUGCAAGGCUGCAAUAUAUUCGAGUGCGAUACUACUUUUGCAGAGCAUACUCAGUUUUUUCCUACCUGUACCUUUUGCGACCGAACAGGAACACUAGACCGAGCUUCUGUAUUCUUUUUUUUUUUGCAGUGACGAGCAUGCGUCGAAAAGUGAAAAAGUUGCAUACGCACAAUUUACGUAAAAAGAAUCAAGAUGAAAUCGAAACUAAAAAUAUCAUACAUGGUGGUCCCAGCCCCAAAGCCAAAGAGAAAGCCAAAGAGCUUUAAGCAUAGAAUUGAUUUUGACUUUACGUCAAAGAAACAGUUACUCACUCACGACUGAUUUUCGUAUAUCCUAAUCUGGUAACACAUCAAACACAACCCCGCCCAUGUCGCGCGAAACCUACGAUCACGUCGUACGCGCAAAACGAAAAUGGUACGUAGAAGUGGUGCCCGGUUUGUAACGUUCUCACGACUUGCUUCGGCUCCCAAGCAUUAAAGAUACUGGUAACCAGUAUAAAUUUUCACAAUUGAUGAAGCACGCUGGUCCUUGUCAUAAAAGAAUCAAUAAGAAACUCGAGCAGGCUAUUUUUGAUUGCUCGUACAAGAUAAUCAAUGCAAGGAGAAGGCUAGCCUCGUCAAAUAAUUGCAGCGCCGAUGGUCAGGGCUACGCGCAUGCCCUCGCGCGCCCAGCUGCUUCUGCUCCGUUUCCGCGCGCGCUACUCACUUAUCCUGCAGCGCAGCGGUAAGAAUCUCUGAGUAGGUCACGCGCACGCACGCACUGUAGUUUGUGCUAGUACUCGCCUUUUGUGAUCGUGCGCCGGAGAUGAAGUGCCUCGGCUGAAGCCUCUGCGGCCUGGUCCCGACUGCUUGUCUCUCUGUGUUCCGCCGGUAUUAUUUG